AAAGGGUUUAGAUGCAAAUCAGCCUCUUGGAAUAAAUAGCUCUGCACUUCUCUCUGCUUCUGCGAAGUUCAGGAGAAAUUUUCUUUCGCCCUCAAUUUCCCCACGGAAAAGUAACUGAUUUUUUCUUCUUCUUCUUUUCGUUCUUUGGCGAAUGGAUUCGUCGUAUCAAUUUUAAACCACGCCGGCAUCCGACGAAAUUUGCCAAAUUCCCUCGCUGAACUAAGCAAAUCGAGGGUGAAGGCCUAGAAGGUUGCUGAUUUCAAUCUGCUUUCUUGAACGUGUGACAUUGCUGAAGACCAACUGGCUUGCUAGGAGCCUAGAGCUGCCUAAAGCGUACCAGAAUUUCCGUCAUCUCUUGCCCUGACUUGCUGAUCAUAAUGGGAUGGGGAAACAUCUUAGCCAGGCGCCUCAAAGUUUUUUCCUUGGGAUUGUUUAUCUACUUUGACUAUAAGGCUGUUCAGAAGCGAGUUCAAUGGGUAAGCACUGUUAAACAGCACGCCAUAUGGACAAAAACACACGAGCGAAAUGCUCGUCGUGUUCUCAACCUGAUGAUUGAGUUAGAAGGUCUAUGGGUGAAACUCGGGCAGUAUUUGUCCACAAGAGCUGAUGUGCUUCCUGAACCCUACAUAAAUGUCCUCAAGCAGUUGCAGGACUCGCUUCCUCCACGCCCUUUUGAAGAGGUUCGUGGAACCAUAGAGAAAGAACUUGGAAAAUCCAUGAGUGAUCUAUUUGCUGCCUUUGUCCUAGACCCUCUUGCAACUGCAUCAAUAGCACAAGUCCAUCGUGCAACUCUGGUAGAUGGCAGAGAUGUAGUUGUGAAAAUUCAGCAUGAUGGUGUCAAAGAGACCAUCUUGGAGGAUUUGAAAAAUGCAAAAACAUUGAUUGAAUGGAUAGCGUGGGUAGAACCUCAGUAUGAUUUUAAUCCAAUGAUUGAUGAAUGGUGCAAGGAGGCACCAAAGGAACUUGAUUUCAACCAUGAAGCAGAGAACACGAGGACCGUCUCCAGGAAUCUUAGUCGCAAAACUGACUGCGGGGGUGGCAAUGUUUCCAGUGCUGUUGAUGUACUGAUUCCAGAAGUUAUUCAGUCAACCGACAAGGUUCUAAUUUUGCAAUAUAUGGAUGGGAUUCGCUUAAAUGACAAUGAUUCAUUGGAAAUAUAUGAUGUUGAUAAGAAAAAACUUGUUGAAGAGAUAACCCGAGCAUACGCUCAUCAAAUAUACAUCGAUGGCUUCUUUAACGGCGAUCCUCACCCUGGCAAUUUCCUUGUGAGCAAGGAACCUCCUCAUAAACCCAUUCUCCUUGACUUUGGGCUCACUAAACGCAUAUCAAAAUCUAUGAGGCAGGCACUAGCAAAGAUGUUUUUGUCAUGCGCUGAGGGAGAUCAUGUGGCACUGCUGUCAGCAUUUGCAGAGAUGGGGCUUAAACUGAGGGUUGACAUGCCUCAGCAGGCUAUGGAGAUUGCCACAAUAUUCUUUCGCCAGUCGACUACAGCAAGUGAAGCAAAGGAGAACAUAAAGGCAUUAAAUGACCAAAGAGAACGGAAUCUCAAGGCUCUUCAAGAAAAGACGAAAUGGAACAAGAAGGAGGUUCAACGUUUUAAUCCUGUCGAUGCUUUCCCUGGGGAUGCAAUAAUAUUUAUGAGGGUCUUGAAUCUUCUUAGAGGUCUUUCAGCUUCACUCAAUGUUAGGAUAGUUUAUCUGGACAUCAUGAGGCCUUUUGCUGAAUCAACUUUGCUAGGGAGUUUGAUGCGUGGACACAUACCUAACAGUCAGUGGAUUUAUGACUCUCCUGCUCACUCUGAUGUGGAGUCUAAAAUGAGAAAGUAUCUACUUGAGUUGGGAAGUGACAAAAUUUUAGGAAUACAAGUCUGUGCAUAUAAAGAUGGAAAAGUCAUAAUAGAUACUGCCGCUGGUAUGUUGGGGAGGUAUGACCCACGACCUGUUCAACCUGAUUCCCUCUUUCCUGUUUUCUCAGCGACAAAGGGUAUCACUGCUGGGAUGGUACAUUGGCUUGUCGACAAAGGGAAGUUGAAGUAUGACGAAAUAGUUGCCAACAUAUGGCCAAAAUUUGGAACUAAUAGAAAGGAGCUAAUAAAGGUGCACCAUCUCCUAAAUCAUACAUCCGGUCUGCACAAUGCAUUGGGGGAUGUGGUGAAAGAAGAUCCUUUGUUGGUAUGUGACUGGGAAGAGACACUAAACCAGAUUGCCAGGUGUACACCUGAGACUGAACCUGGUUCAGCACAAAGUUAUCAUUACCUAUCCUUUGGUUGGCUGUGUGGUGGAGUUAUAGAGCAUGCAUCUGGGAAGAAGUUCCAAGAGGUCUUAGAAGAGGCUAUUGUUUGUCCUCUUCACCUUGAUGGGGAGCUAUAUAUUGGCAUUCCACCAGGCGUUGAAUCUCGUUUAGCAUCCCUGACAGUUGACACUGAUGAACUUCAGAAGCUAUCAGGAAGGACAGGGCCAGAUGUGCCAUCGACUUUGCUGAACAAUGUUGCGCAGAUGGCAACUGGUAUACCGGUUCUUUUUAACACGCUAAAUAUGCGCCGGGCCAUUAUUCCUGCUGCCAAUGGUCACUGCUCUGCCCGUGCGCUUGCUCGAUACUACGCAGCGCUUGCAACUGGUGGCUCUAUUCCUCCGCCACACUCUGCUAACUCCAAGCCACCCCUCGGCAGCCAUGUGCAGACCCCCAAGUUCCCUACUACUCCACCCAAGAAGAGAAGAGGCACUGGAAAGAAGAAGGGUGGCAGUUCCACAGGAACUCUGCAAGAUGUGAGGAACACUGACAAGACGGGUUACAGCCAGCUACGCACUAGUGACGCCGACGAUGAAGCAGCAGGGGGUAGCGCCGCCAGGAUCUUCAGCAACGACAAGAUCCUUGACGCGUUCAUGGGCGUCGGCGAAUAUGAAAGCAUGAUACAUCCGAAUGGCAAGUUCGGGCUUGGGUUCAGGAGGUACAACAGCUCCAGCCGUAUGCUCAAGUGCUUCGGUCACUCCGGGAUGGGCGGGUCGACGGGGUUCUGCGACGUGGAGAACAACUUUGCCAUCGCGGUGAUGGUGAACAAGAUGUCUCUGGGAGGCGUCACGCGCGGCAUUGUCCGGUUCGUCUGCGAAGAGCUGGGCAUACCCGUGCCUGACGAGUUCUCUGCCUCUGGGGAGAAGGGACCUGACAUGGUGCUUAACCUUGCACCGUCUGAGCAACUAAGAUGAUGAUGAUGACCAUCAUCUUACCCUACUGAAAGAAGAAGCAAGCUGGCUUGCAUGCCAGUUUGAGAACUUUCGUUGUCGUACAAGAUAGCUAAUAGAAAGGAGAAAACAAAAUGAUUUUUCGCGGUAUAUAUACGACAGAAAGGCGUGCCAUUUUGAUUCGGAUAUGGCAUACCAAACUCCCAGGACUGUUUUACCCGGCAAAAUGUUAUCUGUGUAAUUUGAAUGGUGAAAAUAAAAUGGCAAACGGGUAUAGCGAUUUACAAA